CAGAAGCGGCCAGUGUGGGAGGAUGAGGAGGAUGAGGCGGUGGAGGUGAACAUUGCUGGGCGCAACCGCCUGCGCAAGCUGAGGCAGACAGAGGAGGAGACUGUGGUUACAGGGAGGGAGUAUGAGGCGAGGCUGCGGCAGCAGCACAGCAAGCUCAACCCGCGCACGUCCUGGGCCACGGAGGGGCGCGCGAAGCGGAAGCGUGGGUUUGGGGACGACCUCAGCGAUGACGACGAGGAGGAGCGGGAGGGGGUGCUGGCGUCGGCGGGGCCGCUGCUGGCGCGGGGGGCACUGCUGCCGGCAGGGCUGCUGGAGGCAACGCGCGUGCGCGACGCCAACAUUGCAGAGCCCAGCGCGGCCGUCGUGCGCAGCCUUGAGUUCCACCCGGACGGCCAGGUCCUCAUGACCGCCGGCCUCGACAAACGCCUGCGCUUCUUCCAGGUGGAUGGGGUGCGCAACCCCAAGAUCCAGAGCAUCUACCUGGACAACUUUGCCAUCACGCAAGCCGCAUUUGCGGCCGGCGGCUCGCAUGUGAUUGCCACGGCGCGCCGGAAACACUUCUACACCUUCGACCUUGGCUCUGCCUCUGUGGAAAAGGUGGCGGGGCUGGUGGGGCGGCCGGAGAGGAGCCUGGAGAGUUUCGCGGCGUGCCCUGCCCCUGACAACCCGCUUGUGGCGUUCCUGGGCAACGAGGGGUGCGUGCCGCUGGUCAGCCUGCGCUCGCGCCAGUGCGUCGGCGACCUCAAAAUGAGCGGCACCGUAAAGAAAGUAAGCACCCCCUGGCUUGCAGGCAGCGACGGGGUGGUGCACACGUGGGAUAUGCGCAUGCGUCGGUGCCUGUCGCGCGCGGUGGACGAGGGCUGCUUCUGCUCCACCUCCCUCGCCGCCUCCGCCGACGGCCGCCUCUACGCCACCGGUUCCAAGGCUGGGGUCGUCAACGUCUACAACCGCUCCCAAGGCGGGCAGCCCAUGCUGCCGGCAUCGGUGUCGCCGCUGAAAACGCUCAUGAACCUCACCACCUCCGUCGACAGCCUGGCCUUCAAUCCUGACACGCAGAUCCUGGCGAUGGCGUCGCGCAUGAAGAAGGACGCGCUGCGGCUGGUGCACCUGCCCAGUGGAACAGUCUUCUCCAACUGGCCCACCUCGCGCUCCCCCCUGGGCUACGUGCACAGCCUGGCCUUCAGCCCCGGGGGCGGCUACCUCGCCAUCGGCAAUGCCAAGGGCCGCGCGCUGUUGUACCGGCUGCACCACUACACCGCCUCCUGA